AAAGAGGUCAAAGAUGGCGUCUCAACAGCAGCAACAACAGCAAGCUGGUGGGCCGAUGUCUCAGCCUGGUUUACAACAGCCCGCUUCAAUUCAACAACAACAGCAGCAGCAGCUCAGUCAACAGCAAGACUUUGACCCAGUUCAUAGGUUUAAGAUGCUUAUUCCACAGCUGAAGGAGAGUUUACAGAACCUAAUGAAGAUCGCAUCCAUGAACCUGAGCUACAACACCUCCAUUGACAAUGGCAUUAAAAGUAGUGACACAUCUGUCCAGCGUUUUGACAAAAGUUUAGAGGAGUUUUACGCGCUUUGUGAUCAACUGGAGCUGUGUCUGCGAUUGGCAUACGAGUGUCUGUCUCAGAGCAUCGACAGCGCCAAACAUUCACCCAACCUGGUCCCGACAGCCACCAAGCCCGACACGGUGCAGACAGAGUCCAUGUCCUACGCCCAAUACCUUACCAUGAUCAAAUCUCAGAUCUCCUGCGCGAAGGACAUCCACAAUGCUUUGCUGGAGUGUUCUAAGAAGAUUGCAGGAAAGGGGCCGCCUCAGGGAAUGAUGUAGACCUGCAUUGACUUUUUACACUCUGUUUUUUUUUAUACUGAACUUCACAUAUAAAUCAGGCUUUAAAAGUUACAUUUAUUGUCAGUGCUUUGUACAUAAUUUGGACAGUCAGCAUUCUGUAUCGACCAACAGGUGGCGGUAGAGGCGCAGGUGCAUCUUUUGCAAGAUUUUUGUAUUAAAAAUUAAACUUCCUUUUUGAUA